CAGUUGACACUGUUGACAGCUGACGACGGGCAAAAUGAUUAAAUAUUUGAUUCCUAUUUAUUUUUAUUUUUAAAGAAAGUAAACUAAUAGAUCGGAUAUAGUAAUAUCGACUUAGUAAAUAGCAAACGUUUACUAUCAAAAAACAGUGUAACCUUUGAUGUAAAGUUAUUAAACAAUCACAAAAUGAAGUACUCCACAUCACCCACUCCAAGUAUGAACAACUAUCCCAGAAGCACAUCACCACUCCCGGCACCAGCCAACUACCAGCCCAGCACAGCCAGUGCCGCAACGAAGAGAUACAAAUACCUCAGACGACUAUUCAAAUUCAACCAAAUGGACUUCGAAUUUGCAGCCUGGCAAAUGGUUUACUUAUUUGUAGCUCCACAGAAAGUCUUUAGGAAUUUUAAUUACAGAAAACACACUAAAUCACAAUUCGCUAGAGACGAUCCAGCGUUUCUCGUGUUACUGUGCAUUUGGUUAUUUUUGUCGUCAAUAUGUUUCUCAUUGGGAAUUGGGUUGGGCUGGGGCCAGAUUGUGCUGUUCAUACUAUAUGUGGUAUUUGUGGACUUCAUUGGGGCUGGCAUUAUAGUUUCUACCUUAUUCUGGUAUAUAAGUAACAAGUACUUGCGUCGGGACCGCGACGGGCCGGAUGUGGAGUGGGGCUACGCCUUCGACGUGCACAUUAACGCCUUCUUCCCCCCUCUAUCGCUGCUGCACUGCUUCCAGAUCAUUUUGUUCAACAAUCUCGUUACAAAUGAGAGUUUUCUGGCGUGUCUAGUCUCCAAUACUUUUUGGCUGGCUUCUUUAAUAUACUACAUGUAUAUCACUUUCCUCGGCUAUAGCAAUCUGCCCAUGCUUCAGAACAUUAGAGUGUUCCUGCUGCCGCUUCCGAUACUAGUUCUUUUAUAUUUCGCCACGUUGCUGGCCAAAUGGAACCUGAGUAAUAUGCUGGUGUCGUUCUACGUUUACAGAGUUUUAUAAUAAUCAAAUUGGGUUAACGCAACUAUGAAUGAACCAAUCAAAAAUCGCUACAAAGACUGUUGUGCACCAAUAUACCAAUACCAACCAAUACUUUAGAUAGAAAUAAUAUCCAAUAUUAUUUCGUCUAUGGAUCUAUUAUUUAUAUACACUGUGGUUUAUUGAUAAUCCUUUCAAUGUUAUUACUGACGCAAAUAUUCUAUGAACAAUUUCACAAUAGGGUAUUUGACAAGUUUUAGAAAACGAUCUCACGUUAUUGACUAAUGUUUAUGGAGUCCGUAAAAAAUGGAUAUUCAUCAUUUUGUGUAUUUCAGUAAAAAUAACCAAAUCAAAAACUCCAUUUUCAAGUUGCCGCGAAAACGUUUCUCUUUACAAUAUGGCGUCUUACUAGUGUGUGACGUCACACGACUGUUAUUAAAACGUCAAACGAUACAAUGCCACGUCACUUUGACGUCAUUUUAGGCUCGGCCAAUCCCAAGCGUUUUGGGUCACGUGACAAUAGAUUAUCUUUUUCGUUAGUUUUUAGUAAAAUUAUGAAUAUUUUUACUGUAAAACUAGUAAAAACCCCUGCCAAUAUUCAUUCCAAACACAGAUGCUAACAAUUGGCACUUUAUUUUUAACACUGUCAAAUACCCUAUUUUGAGGAGCUGGCGAACAAAACGGUAUAAUUACAUAAAAUUAAAUUUUACAAAAGCUGUAUAAAACUGAAUGACAUACCUACAGUGAGGUUUCGGCAUGAUUUUCAAUUUAUAAAUUUAGUAAUUUUAACACUGUUUAAAGUGGUUUAGAUUGAAAAUUAUUUGAGAUUCAAAUUCAGCGGGCCUGAAAUUUCCGGACUAUAAAGAAAAGUAGGUAGUUUGACUAGAUGCGUAAUUACACCGUUUUGUUCGCCAGCUCAUUUCUUAAAUUUUGUCACUGAUUAAAAUAUGUAUAAAAUAUUACUUUAAAUUACAUUGUCAAAGCUUCUGCUAAAAAGGUAGCAUUCUGUAUUAAAUUAGGAACCCUAGUCGAAAACCCCGUUAUUAAUUUAAUCCUUUAUAUUAAUUCAUCUUUUAAAUAUUUGUAACUGUUUAUUAACUACCCCCAAGAACAAGAGAGAGCUAGAACGCGCAUUGUGGAUGUGUGUUCUGUGCAAUAUUGGGUUUACCCGUAAAAAUAUAUUGGAUAAUAUAAUAUAAAUUCUAAACACAUAUUAUAUUGUAAUAAAAAUUAAAGACUAUUUAAGCAAUAUGCCUGUAACAUUUUUAAUUGUUAAAGUAAGUUAUUAACACUGUAAAUAGUAAAGUUGUAUUAGUUAUUUUUUAUAUUAAAAUUAUUGAAAUUAAAAUGCAUUUUCCUUUUUCAAUUUAUUUAAAUAUAUUUUAAGUUUUGAUAUAUGUUAUUAAAUAAGUCUAUGAUAUUUUCACUGGUACACAUACAUUAAUAAGUACAUAAUAGUUAUUAUUUAAAAUAUAAUUCUAAUCAUCGUCGUCGAGUACAAUGACCUCAUCAGAUAUCUGUUUAGGCCGCACUUCGCUAAACGGUAGCGACUUCUUGACUUCAGGCUUCUUACUUUGAACAGGCGGUUUCGAUACUGACGUCUUUGUUAUUGUCAAAGAAGAUGGAAGCUUGCUUAUCGACGCGUUUAUGUCCUGAUUUGAAGGCUUUGGUAUAGGCAGGUGUUUUUGUCGUUCGGCCAACUUCUCCUGCAAUGUUUUACCGGGACUAACUUGCUGAUGGGGCAUCGGAGGUUUAGUAUGAAUAGCAGCACCCACAGUCGAUGUACUGGAUAAGUGAGCUUGUGUCGGUACUGCACUAUGAAUACUCGUUGCUGGGUGUGCGGACGCAUGACCCGUGGAACUAAAUGAAGCCAAAUUCGCGGUCAUGGAUGCAGGCAAUGUUGGCAACACCGUUCCCAUGCUAGGCGCGAGAGGCGCGGAAGUAGAUUUCUGAAUACUGGUUAUCACAGGAGUCGGCGUCGCCUUCGAAACCGAAGACGUAGAAGUCGUACUAAAAGAUUUUGACGGUUUCAUUGGAGCCAUUGUUUGUGAAGUUGGUCGUGAUGAUUGUGGUUUUGGGCCACGUUUCUGCUUCUUUUGCGGCGGCAUGCCGAAAGAAGAAAGGCUUUGGCCCAAAAAUUGGCGAUAAAAUUCCGCCUGAAAAGAGUUCUGUAGGGAGGUCUGUAAAGACGAUUGCAAAGUAUUUUGCAGAGACGUGUAACCAGCUAACGCGCUAAUGUUACUUAAAUAUGAAAGAGACAACGCUGCUGCAGUCUGUUGUGAUAAAACUGGAUCGUUAAGCAUAGGAAUAUAGUUUUGAAACGCAGCUGCCAUCUCGUGAGCGGAUAUUUUAGGUAACCCCGUAGCUGAAGCUGAAGUCGUCUGUGACUUAUGUUCUGUAGGUUUUGGGACGUUAGAAAGAGUACUUGGGUCACGAAGUUUUACAGUUUCGGCCGAUUUUGCAGCCUGUUUUUUCUGCGCGUUUUGAGUUUUGUCGAUGCUUGCCUGUGUAGCUUGUUGUUUCAGGGCUUGGAUCAAUGACUGACAAUAUUUCAUACUGAGAUCUACGAGGUUCAUACUAUCUGUAAUUGGAGUAGUGCAUACUAAUUUAUAUGCCUCAACGAGCAAAUUAAUAAAUUGCUUUGAAUUCGGUUGUUUUUGUACUCUUUGGUAAGCUCUGUAGAUGUCCAAAGUUAAACUUUUUAAUGCUUGUUUUUCUACAUCGUUGCUUUUGAGAUCCGCCUGUUGACUGAAUUUUGUCAAUUGUCCUUUCAGAGACUGUACGCAUAGUGAAAAUGCUUGUUGCGCUAACUCUUCCCUAUCAGAGUCCCGCAAAUACUUCUUAUCUGGUUCUGGAAUUCUUUGUAAAUGUAAACUCAAAUCAAGCAGUGUUUUGUGAUCAUCGAUCUCUUUUAAAAUUUCCAUUGUUAGUUGGACUGAUCGGCUCAUGUGGAAUGCAAAACCUCCAGCCCUUUCGACUUCCCCUAGUGGUAUCUUCCAAAUAUUAUUAAAGAAAUUUGAAUGUUUCCUUUCACUGAAUAAACCUCCCAGCUUUUGCCCAGCUCUUGUAGUGAAGUUAGAGAGCAUCAAAUCUCUACAUCUCUCGAUGUCUUUACCCUUUUUGUAGUAAAAAUGGUAGUGUGCUAAUCUGUAAAUGGCUUUGUAAUUUGGUGGAAACCGGCUUGCGCAAUCCUCCAAAGCAUCGAUACAAGCUGUGACUAUUGUCAUAAUUUCGUCAACAGUCAGUGACUUGGAGUCGUUAGAAGAUUUACUAGAUGUAUCGCUGUCUCUACUAGAAUCACUACUGCUGUCAGAUGUAGAAUCACUCGAGCUCGAAUCAGAUGAUGAAGAAGACGAUGUGCUACUUGAACUUUCCGUUUUCUUUUCCGACUCGUUAUCUUUUUUUUGUUCUUUUUGAUUCUGUUUAUUGUCUAUUCUUUCUUCCAAUGGUUUUAAAUCUUCUGGAGCUUUCACUUCUUCGAUUGUUUUAAUUACUGUAUCUUGUUUGAUUUCUUCCGUGCUAGCAACCUCCACCGGUUUGUUCGUCUCUGUGACCUUCUCCACAUGAACAAUUACCGGUGUUUCUUUCGGAGCAACUCUCUCCGUAUCGUAAGAAGCAGAUCUUCGAACUUUUGCAGCAGCAGCUUCCAAUUUAAAACGUUUAGUUUCAUGAGUUUCUUCUUCACCUGCAUCACUUACGGAGCGCUUUAAGAUAUUUGCCGCAUGUACUGGUUCGCUGGGUUUCGGUUCGGAUUCGGUUUCGUUUGAUCCGUCUUUUUUAGUUUUCUUUGAAAAAGGACCAUUCCUCCAGCCUUCGAUGCAAUUUAUGAACACUUUUCCGACAGAAGCCGGAAUUGGUUUAUUUUCAUGUUGCUCUAUAUAUUUCAAAAUAGAUGCAUGAAUCCUAUAAUGAAGUUCCAAGACUUCUAUACAUAAAUGCGUAGGUGAACUAUAAUUAAUUUUCAAGGGAUAUGUUGCAUCAGUUUCUUGCAGGCUUUUGACGCCUUGCAUAUAGUAAUCUAGGUAGACAGAAGGAGGCUUAUUCUUCUUUUCAGCAACUUUACCUAGCAUGUAAUAAUGUAACCAUGAAUCUUCGUUAGCUUUCUCAGUGUCUGUACUACUGUUGAGAUCUUCUAGAACGGUUAUGAAACAUUUCUGUGUGGUAUUCAACAUAUUUUCUUUUUGUUUUUCUAAAGACUCAAAAUCCUCCAUACUUAGAGAUUCACUAUCUUGUUUGAGUAGACGUGAACAGAAAGAAUGUACUGUGUAUACAAAUAUACCAUAUUCAAUCCACAUAUUGCAAUGUGUCGGAUCCAAAUCAAGUGCACGUUUAAAACAUCUUAUAAUAGAUCUAGCUGGGUUCAAAAACUCCCUUUCGUUAUUAAGAUUCUUACAGGAAUUCAAAAUUCUCUCUAAAUUUACUGCUUUUGCUAAUGAUAUUUCAGCCCAAGAUUCUAAACGAUCAUUGUUCACAACUACAUCUAACAAGUUAUAUUUCACAGCCAUUUUACCUUCCUCCUUUUUAAAAUAAUAAUCACCAAGCAAAAAAUAGAUAUCUUUCAGUUUGUAUGGCAUUAGCUUAGGGAUAUCUGGCAGUUUAUCUGCUAAACCUUUAAUGUACUUUUCUAUUUCUACUACAUACUUUUGCGGAUCUAAUUCUGGGGGUAAAUGUGCAAGAAUACGGUGAAAUAACUGUUCCGUAUCAGCUGAGAUUCCAGAAACCUUGCCCUCUAAAACUGGUAGUGCAGGUGGUCUAAAGAUUUCGUAAAGUUGCUGUGCUCUUUUCCAAUCCAAUGAAUGCGGAGUCACAUUAUGAUCUAUUAAAUAUUUCAACUUGUUCUUUUUACCAGGAUGCCCAAAAAGACAGUAGACACACUGCUCCAUAAACUGACAGACUUGUUCUAAAGAUUUUGCCAAGGCCGGCGAACGUAAUCGCGGCACUACCGUAUCUAGUAUAAAAUAUAAAAGUUUGCCUUCAGUAUUACAGCACCAUCCUCUGGUUCCUAAAUGCUCAUGGGCAAUGAACAAGACCAUUAAUGGAUUAGGAACAUCUUCACCCGGAAUCUUGUCUUUCUCAUUACUAGAUCUGCUUCUCCCUUGAUCUUCCUCUCUUUGUAAAAUAUAAUGCAUUAUAAUCCAAGGGACAACUGUCCCAAAGGGCAUAUCAGAUGCAUUUGUUUCAAUUUGAUGUCCAAUUAUUCUUAUUAAAUCUUCUAAUCCCUGACUCAGUUCUUUUUGGGAUAUUGUUUCUAAACAUGAGAGCCCUUCAGUCUUAAGAAUAUGUUCCAUACAACAUAGUACUUUUACAACUGUUACAGCCCACUUAUCAUAAUCAGGAGAUCCACUUGUGCAACGAAAAAAGUGCUUCAAAGACUCAUGAAGGCAUAUGAAUGACCAUUUGAAACAGCUGUCCACUUUAUCCAGUGCCCAAUAUGUAUCCAAUAUCAUAGACAAUUGAACAGCAAAAUCAAGUGACAUCUCCUCUUCUUGAUUCCGAGCCAUAUUCUUGCAAUGUUCAAAUGAAUCCAUUAUGAUAAACAAAACUUCUUCAUAAUUUCCUCUAUCAUAUAACUCCAUUACAGUAGAUAAUUUUCUAUUUCUUUCUAAGAAUUUAAUAGCAUUUAAAACUUCACCUUCGUUAAUCAUUGGUUUAAAAACAAAGUUAACAACAUUCAAUUUAUAUGUGUCAUGUUCUUCUGCCAUUGCUUCAAACUCAUAUAACAACUGGUAUAAACAGUCUAGGGCGAAUUCUUCACACUUGUUUAAUAAGUGAAUAUGAAGCUUAACCCAAAGAUGCCUCAACAUUAACUCUAAACAAUCAAUGCCUGUAAAGAAAUGAGGUUUUAAAUUAAGACUAAUUCCAAUGGCUUCAAUAGUGCUCAAAUCAUGGUAGGUACUAUCAUCAGUGGAAUUGUGCAAUUUUUCAUUAACUGCAAACUCUUCAGAUAAUAUGUUAACAUGGACAAAAUGUAAAAUUUCCUGAUGAUUAUCAUCAGUGCAUGCUGGAAUAUCAAUAUGAGUAUUAUAACAUUCAUUUGCCUUAACAAAUACUUUGCUCAAGCCAUUUGGCCACAACAUUCUCCAUUUUCCUGCUAAAAUAUGUAAAAACUCUUGUAACAUGUCUAUAAUAUCCCUUUUAUUCUCUGUGUAUUUGUUUAUAAAUUCCUUUACAUCCCUUUGUUCAUUUUCUGUGCCAAAAUAUUGCUCAGUCUUUUCUGUGUAUCCUUUUUCUUCAAACAACUUAUCAAGGUCAGCAGUAUCAGGAGAUGUUUCCCUGGUUUGAUUCUCUUUCUUUUGUACCAUCUCAGGAACCAAACACUCUGGAACCAUUCUUCUUAAUGUAUCAUAAAUGUUAUCAUCUUGCUCUUGCCUGGUUGUGACCUUCUUCCGACCAGACCGACGCUUUGUGCACCAUUCCCAUUGUUCUAAGAAACUUAGAGCACUACCACGUCUGCGAACUGGAUUUUUUCUUUGUGUUUUAGGCUCUGGCUGAGCAUCUGUUGCUGGUUCCACUUGCAGCAUCUCUAUAUCACUCUCAACUUUUUCAGUGUCUGUUGCUCCCUUAUCUUUAUCAGACAAAUCAUUAUUUUCAUUCUCAGAUACAUUUUCUUUGUCUCCUUUUUGCUCGUUAGUUUCGGAUUUUUCAUUUUCAUCUGAUUUUGAAUUUUCAAGUAUCUCUAGUUCUUUGGGUUCAUCACUCACUUCCAUUUGUUCUUGUUUCUGUUCUUUUUCAAAUAUUAAUUCCAAAUAACAAGCAUGACUAUAACAGUUUUCAGUCAUAUAUUGGUGCAUAUGUAUGAGAGAUUCACCAACAGAAGCCCAGGCAAAAUCAGAUAUAGGUUUUUUUAAUUUUAAAUUAGGCAUGACAUAUUUAAAUUGCUCUUGUCUUUGCUUUUCCAAAAAUACCUCGUGAAUCUCUUCAGCUUCUUUAAUCAAUUUUUCUGCCUUUUCUUCAUCUAUGAGGUUGUCUUCUUUCUCAUUCCACUUAUAAAUGGGAUUCAAAUAUUCCAUAUAAUCUCUGAUAUAGGGAUAAACUUUAUAAAUAUGUUUUCUAUAUGCUAAUCCCCUUAAAUAGUCAGGAUCAAGUUGCAAUGUAUCAUGUAUAGUAGCAAUACACUCCUCUUUAUAGUCUAGGCCUAGUAAUAAAGUAACUAUUUUGUCUAGGCAUGGCCAAUGUUUAGGGUUUCGUUCUGCUCCACUUUGGAAAGCAUGUAAGGCCAUUUCAUAACGUUUUACAUUCAUACAAGUCAGCCCAAAUCUGUGCCAUAAAGUCACAUCAGUAUCAUCAAGCUCUGAGGCAGCACAGUAAGCUUCAAUGGCACCUUCGCUAUCGCCUGCAACGCUCAACAUUGCAGCGAGGUUUUUAUAACAUAAAUAUUUCAAAUUAAACAGCGGCCCAGAUACUUUCUCACCUUGUGCAGGUUUUUUCACGUCAUACAGAACUUCUGUGUCUAAUAAGUCCUUCAAAAGCUGUGUAGCAUCCUUCAGGUUGCCCUUCCGUUGCAAAUCUAAAGCUUUGGCGUACUGCUGCAGUGCUAUCUGCUCCAGCGCCUCUUUUGUCACCUCCUCGUCGGAACCACUGUCUUCUUCAGACUCAUCGUUGAGUGCAGAAAUUUUUAUCAUUUUCCUGACGUGUUUACGUAAAUACCAGCUUUAAGUUCAAUAGUUUUGAAUGAAAAAUAAUACAGUUUAUCUACCGGUCCACUCAAAAACAGAUAAACAAUAAAUAUAUGACAGCUUUGAAUGACAUAUGGAAAAAGUAAAACACAGAUUACCAAGAUAAAUAAAAUUUUUUGACGUUCCCCCCAUUUCAGGGAAAGCAAAAGGAACAAUGUCCAUAUAGCCUAAUAACACGUAAUUUCUGAAAUUAUUAAAUACAACAAAAGCCCUGUGCAUACUAACGUGUCGUGAGUCGUGGCGCGCCGGUUUC